GUAUGGUACGGGGAGCAUAUCUGCUCAGCUGUCUUGUUUUAGGAUUGAGCAUUACAGAAGCCUAUUGCAGGUAGGUCCUUACAAAGCUUUCACCCUUCCUAACGCAGUGUUUUGAUGUUCACUGUGGAUUCAGGGGUUGGUUUUAAUUGUUCAGUCUUUGGGCAUGUGUGGCAGCAGUGGAGGAAUGUUUUCAUGCCUAGUUCCUUCACCUGCUUCCAUGUUCUAGGACGCUGCUGAGAUCCUUCCACAGAGCACGACCCCGUGGCCAGUGAGUCCUGGUUACUCUUCUCUCCUUCCCAGGGUAGCAGGAGAGCCGAGUCACAGCAAGCUCUGGGUGCAGCUGCAGCCCGGUACAGCAGAAGCUGUAAUGCUCUUCACAAAAUGAGACUUGAACACUGUUAAAUUCAUUAACCUUGAGGUUAGGGGGAAAACUGUUUUCAGAGCUCGCCACGUGUCUGUGCUUGCCCAGGAUCCGUCUGUCGGUGCUGGUCAUGCACCAGCUGCUGAAUUACAAGGGCACGGCGAAGAGGUCCGGUCGUGCUUCCAUUCUGAAGCACUGGGGGCUGGCACCUCUGGGAAUGCUGGCUAACCUACAGCCCGAUUCCUGGCAUCUUCCACAUGGCACGAUGUGCUGCUAGUUAUUGGUUGAGUCUUACUCUGGGUUGAUAACGCUUCAAAAAUCAGCAGCAUCUCUACCCUUGCAUAACGCUGCUCGACUCUACUUUAUGUAGGUAAAUGUGCUAGACUGAAGGGAUGGAUUUUUCUGAGGUGGUAUGCCAAGGACUCGUGUUGGCCAACAUUUUAUCAGUGAUCAAAAAGCAAAUAUAGGAUUUUCACUAAUGUACACACAGCACAAAGAUCUGCAGAAUGAUUAUGCAAUUGAUCUUUCAAUAUUGGAGCAGUCUGAGCUGCCUGCUGGGCCAUAUCCCAUUCAACCAGAGCGUGUUCCAGGUAAAUGGCGUGGCUGGGAGCAGGCAGCCUGCCUGCAGCGGGCACCUAAUGCUGACAGGCACUGGCUGCAGAAUGUCUUCAUGGGGAAGUGCCUGUCAUUGCAGUGCUUCAUCCAGAAAUGCUGAUGUGAUCCUCUGGGAGCUGGAGGUGGGCCCUUUGUGGUCACUGCCCAUCUUGUGCUGACAGUGCUGUGCUGGAGUGAUAACAGCGUGGUGCUGCUUGCAGCCCUGAUCGCCUAAAAUACGGGGAAUUGCCCCAAAAGAUCAGGGGAGCCUGGUAGUCCUGUCUUAGCUUAUUGAAAAGACUGAGAGUAAUUAUCUUGUUGGAUUGCAGCCACAAAAAGGAUCUCUUGGGUAGAGCUUCCAGCACAGACAGGACCCGGCGUUACCAGGCUGCCAGCUGAAGCUCUGAAUUCAGAUUAACAAUACAAAUUGAAACCAGUGAUUUCUUACUCUUGGUUACCCCUACAUCUUGUAGUGGUUUUUGCUCCCGCAUCAGGACAGAAUGCCUUUAAGAGAUGUGCCUUGUGAGUAGGGGCAGUGCUGUGCUCUGAAAUCCUCACCGUGCGGGCUGCCUGCCUGGUGCGUUGCAGAAGGCUUCUGGAAAUCCAGGCUGGGAGUCGCGGUACGGCUGGUGCCACAGCCACACGCGUCUCCUCUCCGCUCCGAUCCGUGUCUCAGGAGGCAUUUCAGGAAUCCCGUGACUUUUGAUGGCAUCAAUAAAUCAGACAGCACGCUGACAGAAUUUCCCUGGAAUGUAAACAGACAUUUAGGGGAACGUCUGUGCUUAGGGAGGGGAGCGCAGGUACAGCUCCCGCAGCACGCGGGGCGUUGAAGUGCCGUGCCUGCUUGCGGCUCUGUUGGUAAAUAGGAGCCCUGAGUGUUUUCCAUGCUAACAAAAAUAACUGUCAAUAUUUAUCACGAAGUGACCUUACUUCCCGCUCCUCUCUCCAAACAGCAUGUUUUCAGAGGAGAGGUGAGACGAGCAGCUCUGCCUGAUGUAGGGGAAAGGGGAGGAAUGUCUCUGUAUGGUAAAAUUGGCUGAUAAGGGAUAAUGAAUCACCUCUAACUCGGCUCUGCUCAGCAGUAGCUGAUCUGGAGAGCUGCAGGCUGCUCAGCCUCGCCUCAGUCCCUGGGAAAAGCAUGGAGCUGAUCCUCCCCAAGGAUGUUUCCAGGCACAGCUACAGAUGUGGAGCAGAUGAGUUCCUCUUCUCCUGUCCUUCCUGUGAACUCCAUGGGCAAUGACCGGGUUGAGCAGCGAACCUGCCUGAUCUGCGGGGACAGAGCCACGGGGCUGCACUAUGGGAUCAUCUCCUGCGAGGGCUGCAAGGGGUUUUUCAAAAGGAGCAUUUGCAACAAGCGGGUUUACAGAUGCAGCCGGGACAAGAACUGCGUCAUGUCACGCAAGCAGCGCAACAGGUGCCAGUACUGCCGGCUGCUCAAAUGCCUCCAGAUGGGGAUGAACCGGAAAGCAAUCAGAGAGGAUGGCAUGCCAGGAGGCAGAAACAAAAGUAUCGGGCCUGUCCAGAUAUCGGAGGAAGAGAUUGAAAGAAUUAUGUCUGGACAAGAAUUUGAGGGAGAGGCAAACAUGUCAUGGAGCAACAACGGAGACAGCGACCACAGCUCCCCUGGAAAUGGAGUUUCUGAGAGCAACCAGCCUUCACCUGUUUCUACUCCAUCUUCAAGUAGGUCUGUGGAGCUGAAUGGAUUCGCUGCACUCAGGGAUCAGUAUAUUGGGACGCCGGUGUCCAUGCACUAUCAGUACCUCCCGCACCUUUUUAGCUAUUCUGCUCACUCGGCUCUGAUGCCCCCGCAAGCGCGCAGCCUGGACCCCCAGUCGCACAGCCUGAUCAAUCAGCUGGUGUCAGCGGAGGACUUGCAGCCACUCGGCACUCCGAUGCUCAUUGAAGACGGGUAUAAAGUGACUCAGGCAGAGCUGUUUGCAUUGUUGUGUCGUCUGGCGGAUGAAUUGCUUUUCAGGCAGAUUGCUUGGAUCAAGAAGCUGCCGUUCUUCUGUGAACUCUCGAUCAAGGACUAUACCUGCCUGCUCAGCUCCACCUGGCAGGAGCUGAUCCUGCUUUCCUCGCUGACUGUUUACAGCAAGCAGAUCUUUGGUGACCUCGCGGAUGUCACCUCCAAGUACUCUCCCUCUGAUGACGAGCUGCACAGAUUCAGUGAAGAGGGGAUGGAGGUGAUGGAGCGGUUGAUCUACCUCUUUCGCAAAUUUAACCAGUUGAAGGUCAGCAACGAGGAGUAUGCGUGCAUGAAAGCCAUUAACUUCCUAAACCAAGACAUUAGGGGACUGACUAACGCCUCCCAGCUGGAGCAGCUGAACAAGCGGUACUGGUAUGUCUGCCAGGAUUUCACAGAGUACAAAUACCCCCAUCAGCCCAACCGUUUUCCGGAUUUAAUGAUGUGUUUGCCAGAGAUACGAUAUAUAGCAGGAAAAAUGGUGAACGUCCCGCUGGAGCAGCUGCCUCUCCUUUUUAAGGCCGUUCUACAUUCCUGCAAGACGAGCGCGAGCAAAGAGUGAGCCCAGCUUGCCCCCGACCCGUGCCUUACUCUGUGCCUCAGGCAGGGAGCGGGCUCACCUCGAGAGGAAGGGGGAAACAUGACCAGGGCAGGAGGGAAGUGCUGAGACGGGGCAAUGGGUGUCCCUGCCAUUGUAGCAAGAACCUUUUGUGUUUGUUUUUGUUUUUUUACUCUUUUUCCUAUAUAUUUAUUUCACGACAGAGUUGAAUGUAUGAUCUUCAACACGAUGCACAUGGUUCUGUAUGAAUGCAGCAGAUGCAUUCUCCAGCAGUUUACAGAAUGUGAAGAUGUUUAAUGUGACAGUGUUUGUUAGGGUUAGUUCUUUUGUAUUUUGGGGCUGGGGACUGAGAUGACUAAGACUACCUCAAGGAGAAGAUGCUGUUCACGCACUGCUCUUUCCGUGAUUUGUAUCCAAAAGCGUUUGUCGAAGAGCGCAAACUGCCUCACCUCACUGACAGAGCUGUUAGCAUCCCAAAUGGACAGUUUUGGAGACGUGGGUGUUAGAGAAGUGCCAAGCUUUAUUUUUGUUAUUGUUUAAGGAAAUUAAAAAAAAAAAAAAGAUGACAGGGAGAGGAAAAGAAGAAACAGUUUGUUUAGCCAGUUGGUUUUUCUUCCUCUGGCAGUUCUCAGCUACAAAUGGCAGUGCCUGCAGUUUCCCUGAAUUCUGCCCCCAGGAUUGCAGUGCUCCCAGGCCAAGAAGGGCUUGCAACCCCGUUCCCUCCUGGAGCUGCAGGAGUGUGAUCUGCACUCCGUCUCCAGCCUCACCAGCUGGCCUGCCACUGCUGCUGCUCCUUUCCAUUCGAUUGAAAUUGUGCUGUUGCAGGUCGUAGCUGGCCUCUGACAUUACAACAGCAAGGUACUCUCGUAGAGAGAGGGAACUGCAAAUAAUUUCUAAUUGCUUCCUUAACAUCCAUUUUACAUUCAUAAAAGCAGGAGAGAAGAGGCAGGAUUGCCCCUUUUAGUGUAUGCCCCCAAGGUGGUGGCUGACUGCUGGGGACACUUCUGCACUGCAGCAAUCAGAAGCAGCCUGUUUCUGGGACCAGCUGACCCCCCUUGUGGUUAAAUGUAACGUGCAUAAUGGUGACCAGGGACUCCAGUAUCCUCUGGCAUGCUUUCCUCUGCUGGACUUGGGGAGGGCAUGAUCCAUAGUUGUAUUCUGCCAGGACAGUUUUACUGCUCCGUGGAAUCCUUCUGCACCAGGAAAAAAUACUGUGAGUACAGUACUUGGGCAGCCGUUUGUCCCAGGCGUUGCAGGGCUGGGAUUUCCAUCUAGCAACCUCCACACCACUCCGCUGCAUGGAGAGAUGGUUUAGUGACAGCAGGUUAGCUGUAUGAGUAACUGCUAAGUCCUGGUGCUUAUCUAAAUUUGGGUAUUCUCAUAGGAAAUCUCAUGGCAUCCUGCCUGUGGUGGUGGUGGGGAGCGCAGGGGACAAGCUCCUGAUCUUUCAUUAACAGUUAACGUAGGAAGAUUCCCCUAGGCUGCCACGUUACCCGGCCUGGACUUCCUUCCCUCUAUCACUACAUAUAAUCUUCAGGUAACAAAUUGUUGAAUGCUGUUUUUAAAAUACUUUGGGAAGCAGCUUCUGUUGCUUCAGAGGAGGAGGAACCAGUCACUCCCUUUUUGUCUGGUCGUGGUAGCAGCUGUGCACGGCACGCAGUGAGUACUGCUCGGGAGUGAAGUUGCUGUGAGAUGAAAAUGAAAGUGGCGGUGAGCAGGAACGCCUUCACCAGUCGUCUUUCCUUCCCCUGCAUCCCAGAGGGUUCAGUUGCAACCCAGGAGACCCUGUGACCCACUGGCUUGGCACAUCUCUAGGUUAGUCAACGGCACUGCUGGGUGCUGGGCGCUGCCUGCUCCCUUCAGACCUCUCCUCGGAGGCGUGCUGUUGACUAGCAGUGAACCCCAUUGCUUUCUUUGUGAUUCUGUUGGGAAUCUUCCAGCUUGUCAGUUUCCCUUUUCUAAAAGUCCACUAGCUGCUCGUUUUUCAUUAUUUAAAUAUGAUGUUACGGGUAACAGCUGCUGGGACCAGCAGCAGUUCGGUUUGAUAGAGCUUCACAAAUCCAAAGGUGGUUCUGUAAAUCUCAUUUACUUUCUGAUUGUAAAAUGAGACAAGCACAUAUUUCUCAGGAAAGCCUUCUGCAUACAGCAUAUACCUCAAGUGUAAAUGGUAAGAGUUUAGUAUAUCUGUUUGUAAGUUAGAAAUUAUUUCUCAGCUUUUAAGUUUAAUUUCCAAAUAGCUUGAUAUGAUCUUUUUAUUACGGGUUAUCUUCUGGCUUGCUGUUUUAUACACUCAAGGAAUUGUUAAAUUGCAUAGCAGUAAUUUUAUUCUGUGAUUACUGAAUUCUUAUAAUCUGUUGAUGAAUGAGAGUUUGUUUUAAUUAGUGUACAUAGAAGUGGUCAUCCUGUUGCCAAAUACCCAACAAAAAUAACGUAUUUGCUAUUCUGUAUUUAUCCAAAAUACUCCCAAGACUAAUGCUGUACCAAAAACAACAACAAAAACCACACCUAAAUUCAGAUAAGAUGAUAAACGGUCAAGAAUGUUCUACUUUCUGUUACAUAACCAAAUUGUAUAAAGGCUGAUUGGCAGCAGUAUCUGUUAACAAAUAAUUGGUUUAUUGUAGGGAGUAAAGAAGCCUUACUACAUUGAGAAGUGAGGCAGAAGCUGAUGUACCAAACCAGAAUGUAACUCACUGGACAGUCAGUCGGAAUAUCUUCUGCACCAAGUCCUCUAAUGACUUGUAUUUUUUAAACAGGGUAAAGUGAAUGUGUUGCAUUGCAAACUCAGGUAUUAUAAGAAGGUAGGAACGUAGCUAGAAUGUAGAGACGUUAGGUCAGUCGCUAGAUGUAUUUGUGAAUUUGGUUUGAAGGACACCCUGGAAAGGUUGGAAUUUUUGUUCCAUUCUUCACGUAACAUUCAGUUUACAGGGACUCAUAUUUUAUUUGUGCUUAAUGCUAGUAGGGGGAAGUUCAUUAUCUUUGGUACCUAUCUGCUGUUGCUUAUCUGACCUUCUGUCAUAGAGGAAUCAAUCAACAAUAAUAGUCUUUGGUAGAAUUUUCUGCCAUGACAAGUCAAUUUUUAUCCCCGAUUUGAAAGAUAAAUUGGCUGACUGACCCCCUCCUCUCCUUCAUAGUAUUUGUGCAAAUAGAAAGCUGAAGAGUUACUUUUAAUCCGGACAGAGAUUCGGGACAUAAAUUUGAAAUGCCCAGGCUCCCGUAUUCCGAGGAGCUCUGUGUAGGUCUCUUAGUUGCUGUUUUGCAGCUCGCAGCUCAUCAGCCAGCACAGGGAACAGCGCAGGCACUGCUGCUGCAGGUGAUGGCGAUGAGUCUUCGCUCGAGUGGCAAGACCCCUGGGACCUGAACAAAAAAGCUCUUUGAAAACCUCUGCAUUUUCUUCCGAAGCUUGCCUUUGGGUCAAGCCUCUGUCACAUAAAUGGAGUCGUGACUCCACCGUGUGUGUCAGAGCAAGUUCUUGUCCUCAACGUGCCCCUAGAGAGGGCCGUGGGAUGGGGGCACUGCCAGGGUGCUCAGGGAUGCCCCGAACCUCUGAACCGGUGGGUUCUGGAGAUGGCCAAAUGGAUACGGCAGGGGCUAUCCCUACAGCCGCUCACACCCAUGCAAGCUCCUUUGUAAUUGCUGGCUGCGGGCAACCUUUCCCCUGUGCUGCCGUGGGCUCGGAGCGAGCCAGCGAGGGCACGCGGUGCCCGGGGAGUGCUGGUGUCACCAGGCUCCUGCUGCCCACAGAGCCGUGGCUCCAUCUGCUCCCGGCUGAGUGUGUGGGCACGGGCUGUGCCGUGGGCAGCAACAGGAGUGACCUGCAUGGGAGGUGAGCUGCAGGAACCCGUCCUGGGGGUGCUGACCACGCUGAGCCCCUCGCUGCCCGUCCUGCCCCCUUACAUCUGUGUGCCGACACGGACAAGGGCUCUGCAGCCGUGUGCACAGAACAGAAGCACAGCCAGCUCAGGUUAAUGAUUUUAAGUUCUGUCCUUCAAACCAACCUUUAAAAAAAAAAAAAAAACAACUAAAAAAAACCACUUGAAUUUCUUUUUAUUACAUUUUUUAAAACAACAAAAAAUUCUCCCGUGAAUGUGCUAUUUACCGAUCAUUCUUUCUUCUUUCUUGGUUUUGAUUUGAAGCUAUGAAGCUUGGUGUCUGUGAAAAUGUUAUUUCUGUAUUUCUCAGGAUAAUAAGCGGCAAUCAUCCCUGCCACAUAAAAGGCAGGAGAAAGGGGGAAACUUGGGGAACUAGUUUAAGUGUGAAACUAAUUUUUAAGUUGUAGAUGAUGUUUAAAUCGGGGGUAACGCGUGAGAUGUCAGUAUCAAGCUGUGGCGUUUCUCUGGGUUCUCAGUGUGUUGUUUGCAAUGCACAGCAGCUCAGGGAUAAGUAUUUAAAAUGGGACCCAGAGAAACCCGAGUUUUGAUGUUGCAACCGUUGCUUCUUUCAUGACUUGUCUGGAGGACUCCUUGAGACCUGAAUAGAGCCCCCGUACGGAGGUGUUGGGGGCAGAAUUCUGCUUUUCCUGGUGGGACGUUUGUUUAGGCCCCUCCGGUGGCUGUGGGGAACCCCCCAGGGAUGCGUGGGGCUGGCGUGGGGCUGGGGACCAAGCAGCAGCUCCCCCGGCAGAGCUGUGCCGUGCCUCUGGCUGGCACCCCGCAGCCCCCAGCUCUCAGCCCCCAGCUCUCAGCCCCCAGCCCCGCAGCAGCCCCACUGGGGUGGGCAGGGCGAAGCGUGCUGGGCCAGCCCCGUGGGCAGCUGCACGCCUUCAGCGGGCACGUCAUGUCCAAAGCAGUGUGUAAAUGUGCUGCAUCCUUUUGCCCUCAGUGCUCAACGGGUUCAGGUGCUCAUGGAACAGGAAAACGUGGGCACUUCUCUUGCUGGCAGAGCCAUUCCUGCUGUCAGCGUGUGGCUUAGGAAUGAGAGCGUUGGGUCUGCAGUUGGUACAGCUUCCUCCUCGUGUUUGCCAGGGCUGUAGGCUCAUUCAGCCUGGCUUAGAAGUGUCCUGACGUGUACAAGCGGCUCACCCACCUGCUGCUGGGGGUAUCAGAACGGCGCCAUCCAGCCCGCUGCAGCCACGGGCAGGGCUGGGCACAGGCAGAGCAGCAGCACGGAGCCUGGCAGCAGGUUUGUGGGGCUAAAAGCCACCUCCUCGGCUGUCCCAGCAGCCAGGGAGUGCACGCUGAGUAUAAACCAGCAGAGCAUAAAGCUGCUGAGGGCGGUAUAGGCGGUAUCUUCGCCUUGAAAGAAAAAAUUGAAAAGAAAAAAAAGAUUCUGUGCAGUUGACCUCUAACAAGUCUAUGAAAGAAGCAACACGGUUCAGUGGAAGAAAUGCCCCCAAGGGCAAAAAGAAACAGAAAUUGAAACCAGAUGACGAUCAACCUUAACAAAGCCUUUUGUGAUUCAUUGUUUUCUUUCGAUUUAUGAAAUGUCUUGUAAUAGUUGAUAACAUUAUUGACUCGAUUUCCAUAACAAAACUACCUCGUGUGACAUCCUGUUUAUCAUCUCAAAGGGAUUGUGAGAAAAACAAAAUGCUGCCAGUGUUUGUUGCUAAAGAGCAGGCUGUGUGAACGGCAGGAGUUCCCUGCCUCUUGGUGCCGGUAGGUGCACCCGCAGUGAUUUCUGACCUCACGUCCCCCGGCCACGGGCACCCCGGCUCGCGGGGGUCCUGCUGCUGUUCCUGGGACGAAGUGCCACGGGGGCACCAAGCUCCAUGUUCCUGCGGCACGGCGCAGACUGGCGCUGAUGGCCCAGGGCCUCCACAAGCCUGCACGUCCUGGCUGUGGGUCCUGAAGGAGCAGCUCCGGCCCGCUGAGUGGUGCUCGUCUUGGCCAUUGCUGCCUCCUGGGCUGGGUCCGAGGCCAGUUUGGUCCUGGGGCCUUUCCGCAGAUGCUCCCAGCAAUGGCUUCUCCCGGUCAAACACUGUGUUUUUCCCACGAUCCCUUGCCUAAAUCAGGGAAGCAGGAUGUUGCCUGGCAUGGCACGUUAGCAGCGGGGAGCUGGGGUCGGGUGCUGCGCCCUGGGGAGCGCCUGGUGGGAUCGGUGUCCCCGUCACCUUGCUGCACCCCAGGGGAUGUCCUCCCGGUGUGGCACGGUGCGGGGCACGGCGGCCCUGCUGCGGCGGCACCGGCACAGCUCCCUGCCAGCCCGGCCUGGCGCGGCUCUGCUGCCCCGCUCUGUGACUUGACUACCUGUGGAAAUGUGACCAAUAAGUGUUGAACGCAUGUGUAGCGAGUGUUAGCUGUAUGAACUAAUAAAUGUGAAUUGUUCUGCA